AUGGACAGGAAGUUACAAGACUUGGAAUGGGAUAUGUUCUUUGAUUGUCAAAAUCCAUCUGAAAAUGUUCAAAAGCUUAAUGACAUUUUAGGUAAUAUGUUUGAUGAGUGCUUUCCUUUGAUCUCAAUCAAAAUGUCGUCACGUGACCCCCCUUACAUAACUUCGCUAGUCAAACAUCUAUGCAAAAUAAGGAAUAAGAAUAGAGAUAAGUAUAAUGACAGUCAUGAAAAUGCUAUUCUUCAAGAACGAAUUAACAAACUUAUUCGUACAAAUCAAUUAAAUGCCGUCCGUUGCGAGAAUAGGAAAUAUAAGAAAGGAUCUAAAGCAUGGUGGGAUACAGCUAACAGAAUAUCAGGUAGAAAUAAACAAGAUGUUCAAAUCAGUGCUAUUGUCAAUGCAGAAGUGAUUAAUGACUAUUUUAAAGAGAUCAAUACUGAUCCUAAUUAUAUUACUCCUGAACGUUUACAAAUUCCUGACACAGUUCACGUUCCUGAAGUUGAGAUCGACUUAGUAAAACAUGUACUGUCACAUCUAAAAUGUACAUCAUUUGGCCCCGAUUGUUUGCCAUUUUGGUUUUGGAGAGACUAUGCAAACUAUUUAGCUCCUGUUGUUACCAAUAUCUUCAACACCUCGAUAAGAGAACAGAUAGUCCCAUCUCUAUGGAAAUUAGCUAAUGUCGUUCCUAUUCCUAAAUCUCCUCUUGAGGAAGUGAACCAGCUCAGGCCUAUAUCGUUAACAAACAUUAUAAUGAGAGUAUUCGAAAGAAUUGUCUUCAAGCAAGAAUUAUCUGUUCCCUUGAGCUUGGAAAUAGGAGCUGACCAAUUUGCCUACAAACGGGGUCAAAAUUGCACUAUGGCAUUAAUUAAGUGCUACCACAAUUGGUUAGAGUGGCUGGAUGGCGAUGCUGAUUUUGUUCAGGUCUUUACCUUUGAUUAUGUCUCACAUUACAUUUUAUCUGAGAAACUUAAAGCACUGAAAGUAAAUCCCUACAUCAUCAAUUGGAUUAUCGAUUUUCUUUCAGAUAGAAGACAAAGAGUUACGGUGGAUGGGAUAACAACAGAAUAUGUAAAUAUUAACAGAGGUGUUCCACAAGGAUCAGUUCUUGGUCAUGUGCUAUUCAGUAUAAUGGUUAAUAAUAUUGGUACUAUUUAUGAGGAGAAGAGUUUGAUGACUAAGUUCGCAGAUGACUUGACUCUGAGUGUCCCGGUUAAAGCAAAUGGGUUCGAUCCUUCAUCUGAUGAGAUUGCUAAUAUUCAGAAAUGGUCGUUUGAAAACAGCAUGUCCUUAAACUUAGAAAAAACCUGGGAAAUGGUAGUACGAGGGAAAACCAACAAAUCCCUUCCUUUACCGAUAUCAGGAAUUUAA